AGAAGACGGGAAGUUCCAAAUUGAGAAGUUCGAUGGUACAGAUUUCAGUUGGUGGAAAAUGCAAAUUGAAGAUUUGCUGGUUCAGAAAGAUUUGGACGUGGUAUUGGGUGACAAGCCAGAAAAGAUGUCGGAUGCAGAUUGGGCAGGUUUGGAUCGGAAAGCUAUGUCCGUGAUCCGUCUCUCGUUGACCAAGAAUGUUGCGUUCAACAUUCUGAAGGAGAAGACAGCGAAGGGAAUUAUGGAUGCGCUGUCUAACAUGUACGAGAAGCCAUCUGCAGCGAACAAAGUUUUUCUGAUAAGAGAGCUGGUAAACACAAGGAUGAAAAAUGGCACUUCAGUUACCGAGCAUAUCAACAAGUUGAAUUCGAUCUUAGCCAGACUUUUGUCAGUGGGCAUUAAGUUCGAUGAUGAAGUUCAAGCUUUACUACUGUUAUCGUCAUUGCCUGACACUUGGUCCGGAACUAAUACAGCAGUUACCAGUUCAGCGGGACCUGACAGAUUCACUUUUGAGAAGAUUCGUGACCUCGUUCUUGGCGAAGAUGUCAGAAGAAGGAGUUCUGGUGAGUCUUCGGAAGAAUCACUAAAUAUCGUCAGAGGUAGAGGAAAUAACAGAGGUAGUGGGAGCAAGAACAGACAAAGGAGUCGAUCGAAGACUCGAGAUAGCUCAGGCGUAACAUGCUGGAAGUGCAAGGAGGUGGGGCAUUUCAGGAAUCAGUGCCCGAAAGAGGUUAAGCAAGUGAAGAUUGCUAGAGGCUCCGCGAGCGACGAGGAUUUGUUUAUCUGUUGUGCGGAGAGCAGUGUAGAUUCCUGGGUCAUGGAUUCUGGUGCUUCAUUUCAUGCUACCCACAGCGGUGAAGCAUUGCAGAAUCUAGUUGUUGGGGACUUUGGAAAGGUACGACUAGCAGACGACGGAGCUCUUGAUGUGACGGGCAUGGCUGACAUAGUGCUGAAAACCCCUGUCGGUUUCUGGACUUUAAAGGAUGUUAGAGUGGUUCCAGCCUUGAAGAAAAGUUUGGUUUCUGUUAGGCAAUUGGACGAACAGGGACACGAGGUGAAGUUCGGAAAUGGGCAGUGGAAGGUCGUGAAGGGAAAUCUUGUCAUGGCCCGUGGAAGGAAGAGAGGUUCGUUGUAUAUGGUCGAGUUACCAUCUGAGGGAGUGACCGUCCCAAUUCAGAAGAAAAACGAAGUCCGGUUCACAGAGUCUCGUGGGCAGAAGAAGGUUUUCUAUGCAAGAAAGAAACCCAGAGCCACAGGUCAGACUCAGGAUAAACGAGCGAGGAAAGGUUCAAUGAGGCCAGUCAGAGGUAUCUGUGGCAGUGGGAGCACAGAAGGCUGGUGGCAACUAGAGGUGGUGGAAUUUUGAGUUCCGUUAUCAGAUUACAGAAGUACAUGUGCACAGUUGAAGCGCAGGUGAACAUUGUUCCGUGGCUUCAAGUGGGAGAUUGUUGAGUGUGAAGCCAGGAAGCUAGGUGGAAGCUAACAGGAAAUUGGCAGGAAGCUACCUAGAAGCUUACGGCUUAAUCAUUGUCUCCCUAACUAAUCUCUAUUUAAGAGAUGCUAAUGUGCUUGUAAUGGUGUGCAACAAAAAUAAUAAAAUCCUCCUAGUUGCCCCGUGUGGACGUAGGUUGCAGUUGGCGGCCGAACCACGUUAAAUCUUGUGUCAUUUAUUUUUCUGCAGUUGAUUCGUGAUUGUGUGUUGUUUCCGCGUGCGUUUAUUCCCAACAUAUGAUGCAGUUUCUUUCUCCAUUGUUGUUCUACUAGCUUCUGAUACUUU